AUGGUAGAUGGAGUUAUGGACUUCGGCGAUGAAGGUCCAAUGUCUUACAGUGAGGAGGGAUCCAUAAAGAUCUGGGACAGCGACAAACUACUGCUGACAGAGAUCUUCCUGGGUGGAGCAGACCACCAGGGGGAGAUAAUCCUCAGCUCGGCCUGCUUCCUGAACAACCAGGGUGACCUCCUUGUGGCAUACUUAAACCACAUUUUCAUAAUAGAUCACACCAAAGUUUAUCCUAGUGCUGAUGCCCCUGACCUUGAGGAAGGCUAUUUUGACGAAGAGUCGUUCGUGCUGGAGGAUUCUCGGGUCCUUUACGAUGAUGCCAAUGAUGAACCUGAUAGCAUUGAUCUUCAGAAGUACCUGGUGCCUUUUAAUAUUGCUCUGUCUGAAGACUUUUUGGAAGGCCGCAGGACUAUUGAACAUGUGGUAAAGGAACCAGUGGAGAGUAAUGAUGAUGAGGAGGAGGAAGCCUGUGAUUCGACAUGUGGCCUUUCUAGUGCCCCAUCAGAUAUCUACCUUUCACCUCUGACCAGCCCUCGUCAGCUCUCCACUGUUGAUAUAUUGCUGUGCCCCAAGAUGGAUGACCAGCAGUUGAACAUACAGAAGAAGAAAGUCACACCAGGGAAAAAAUUGUCUAGAAAAGUUCGGCAAAAGUUUUUGUCAAAAGCACGAAAACAGCCUGAAGUGACGUGGGUGGAGAUGCCUCAGUUUGGCUCCUCCCCUGGGACAACCCCCUCCCCAUCCCUAUCAAGUAUUGACUCCCCCUCACCUAGGGCCUCAUCCAUCACAUCAGACAAAGAGAAUGAAGAAUGUUUACAAGAAGAAACACAAGUUGUAGAAAUGCAGGGUGAGCGAGAGGAUCAAAGCCAGGAAGGAGAAAAUAAGAUGGGGACAAAAUCUACCAGCAGUACCCCAGCUAAGCAACCUGCCAGACAACCUGCCAAGGUAACAGAUCAGACAUAUGUGAAGUCUAAGUACUCGCUCGAUAAUAUCAAGGUGGAACCCCCUAAGUGGGCCAAGACACAACCAGCACCUGUCCAGCCUAAGCCCUUCAGACCUUCCAAUUACACCAUUGCUCAAAAAACAGAAGCCACAUCUCCUCAACCUAAACGAGAGCUCAAAAAGAAGCUGCCAAGUAAUAAUCGUAAAGUGGUGACGAGCGCUAGGUCAAGGUCCAGGCGAAAAUCAGUAGCUCGAAGUGACUCUCAGGUUUCAGGAAUAAGUGAAGUUUCUAAGGAUAUGACAGCUCAAAGGGUUCAUACCCCUGAAGUGAGUGGUGUGGUGGAAAGUGAAGUGUCUGGUGAGAAUGGUGUUACACAUGAUGCCAGUGACAUGGCUUACACAGGAAAUGAUGCUGCAAGGUGGGGUGAAGGUAGUCAAGAAGAUGUGCUUGAGGCCAGCAAGGAAAUGCUCACCCAAGAGGAGCAGAAUGCAGAUCUCAGGGAUGAUGCAGAAAAAGAUACAGCUUUACCCAAAUCAGUUUCGGCUUCAUCUUCCACUUCUGGGCCUAGGCCACUUGCUUCCACUCAAGUUGUGCAAGGUGGUCUGUCCAAAGGUGUCACAGGACAGGGUUCUAAAGAUCACUCUCCUGCUCAACAUUCAAGACCUUCAACUGCUGGUCAAGGUCAGCAUGAUCAGGAUGAGCUGUGGGCUAUGUUUGAAAAUACGCUUAAGCAUUACAGAAGCCGACCAGGAACACCAAAUAGCAGUGAACUUUGGUAUAAGAAUGCAGGCAACAUCUUUGAAGAUAGCUGGCAUGAAAGAAUGAUUGAGCGGCAUCAGCUUUUGAAACUGCAGACUAUGUUGAGGGUUGAAAGAGCUGCUCAUAGGCGGAAAAUUGAAGAUCAGAGGCAGCAAGAGAGACGUCAGUCACUACACAGUCACCAACACUGCACCUCACCCAAGAUGGGGGAUGGAGAUCCAGAUUCAAGGCUACACAUCUUCAACUGGUUUGGGAAUGCUAACCGUGUUUCACAGGCAUCAGGUCACCCUAGCAGCCGCUUACGCAGGCCAAAGACGGCUCAUGCAAAACUCAUGGGUGUAGAUAAACAGGAGCUGAGUUCUGUACAGCCAUUCAGGUUACGGAUGAAUAAGAGUUCAACGGAAUUAUCUUCAAAGUACUCUAGUGUUGACUUGGUCUCCUACGAUCCCCGUAACCAAUGGGCUGUACGUCCUCAUUCCAGCAAGUCUAUUCCAGCUAAGUGCAGAAAAUAUGUCCUUGUUCAACCACCAAAAGAAGAUGGCAAUGUUGUGGCUUCACCGAUGGUGGAAUCUCUUCUGAGGAAGCGUUUUCCAAAUCAACUUCACCCAGUCAGUAACCCACGAAGUAGGUCUCCAACAAAUACAUACCCGAUGUCAUUUUCAGCACUUAUUCAGCAGAUGUCUUCAUAGCUGUCGUACACGCAUUAUCCAUCUGUGGAUUUCCACAUUCAUGGUGCCUCUUAGUAAGACUUACUUUGUGGCCACUAUCCGAUCUCAUCUCCAGCAGACCAUCACAGCUCCUUCAUGUCAUCAGAUACAUACACUGUAUAUGGAAGGCUGAAACUGUACAUGGAAGUGGCCCCAGAACUAUACUCUCCUGUUCUCAGUUUCCCUUACAUUCAAUAAUAAUAUUUGAUCCAAGCUAGCAAAGGAUCAGAGGAGAAACCAUAGACGUUACCUUCAGUAUGCCAAGCUCUGACAACACCAUACACGUCCCAUUCAUAUGAGGUAGAGGAUAAUAAUACCUUCUGGAGGUUUGUCUGAAGCAUCAUUCUGAGGACACACACUAGUGUCAUAGCAGUGUGAAUGAGGCUUGUCUGUAAAGUAAACCUGGUUUCCAACCUUUCAGAGUUAAAGCUAUAUUGUCCAUGUGCAUGUACAGAUUUUGGUUGGGUUGGUCUGAAAAAUGAACACUGGUUUUCCCCAUGUUAUGGUUUAUUAUUCCUGUCCAUAUGCCUGUCCAUUGCAUGGAUCAAAACUCUGUCAUGUUUUGUU